AUGAAGUCAAUAAUCGAGCAUGUAGUUUUGUUCAAGAUCAAAGAAGAAGCUUCACAAUCCCAGAUUCAUUCCUUCGAAGAACAAGUCAAUUCCCUCGUCUCUCUGGAACAACCACUUCACCUCACUAUGGGUCCAUUAACCGCUAUCCAAUCCUCUUCCAUUUCAUCUUUCACUUUCACUCACAUACUCCAUAUCCGGUUCAGCUCCAAGGAAGAUCUCCACGCCUAUGCGGUUCACCCAACCCACGUAUCAGUCGUCAACGAUAACAAGUCUCUGGUGGUUGAUAAGAUGGCUCUUGAUUGGGUCACGGAGGUUCACGGCGACGAUUUGGUUUUACCGGUGGAGUCGGCUUUGAGAGUUGUGUUCUUCAAGUUGAAGGAGGGUUUGGGGGAAGAGGGUAAAGAGGAGGUGUUGAAGGGUGUAAAUGGAAUUCAACGUGGGAAAGCUGUGCAGUUUACGUGUGGUGAGAAUUUCUCUGAUGGUAGAUCUAAAGGGUUUUCUAUUGGUUCUCUUGCGGUUUUUCCGGGGGUAAGCGAAUUGAAGGAGGUUGAUUCUGAUGAGGAGUUUCGGAAAUAUGAUGAGAUUAAGGAGAAUCUGGAUACUGUCUUGGUUCUUGAUUAUGUGGGACACGGCCAAACAGCAUCUUAA